AUGCUGGGUCGGAAUCCAACUUCCGCCCCUCGCCCUCGGCGUCGCGGAUCUGCCGCUCAGCGCAAAGACACGCUACCGCCUUUUCCUGUUCAGCAGAUGUUUGUGCUAGCCUGCUGCAGACUAUGUGAACCCAUUGCCUUCAUGUCCAUCUUCCCGUACAUUUACUACAUGAUUGAGGACUUCAAAAUCACCGAGGACCCGACCCAAAUUUCCGUCUACGCUGGCAUGGUAACCUCCGCAUUCACCCUGGCCGAGUUUGCAACUGGUGUCAUGUGGGGGAAGCUGAGUGACAAGAUCGGACGAAAGCCUGUUCUACUCAGCGGUCUCAUCGGAACAGCCAUCAGUGUUCUCAUCUUCGGUUUCGCUCCUAGCUUGCCGGUCGCCCUCUUUGCGAGAGCAAUGGGCGGCCUUCUCAAUGGAAAUAUUGGUGUGCUGCAGACAACUGUGGCUGAGCUCGUUACCGUUAAAGAACAUCAACCUCGCGCAUAUACUAUCAUGCCUAUGGUUUGGUGCAUUGGUUCCAUCAUUGGCCCUAUGAUUGGUGGCGCUCUUGCUCGUCCCUGCGUCAGCUAUCCCGCUUACUUUGCCCGCGGCUCAAUCUGGGAUCAGUACCCAUAUCUCUUGCCCAAUCUUUUCAGCGCGGCGACUGUUCUCUUUGGCGUAAUCGUUGGUAUCCUCUUUUUGGAAGAGACUCAUCUUGGCAAGAAGGGCGAGAAGGAUCGCGGUCGUGAGAUUGGUGAUCGAAUUGCCGCCCUCUUCAUUAGGGCUACCUACGGCCGAGCUGAUAAGCAUGAGAAGCUACAUCUUCUCGCUGAUGGCCAACAAAGCGGAUACGGCGCCCUUUCCGACUCUCCCACUCCUGAUGCGACGAAGCCCCCUCGUGGGAGGGAAGAUGGAGAAGUCCCGCCCGGUUACCGAAGCCGAGAUAUCUCGCCUCGAGUGCCGUCUCCGGACGCUACAGAGACCUCUGACGCCCAGCCCGAUCAACCGACCAAAAUCUUCACCAAGCCAGUCGUGAUGAAUAUUAUUUCUUAUGGCAUUCUCGCGUUCCAUACUAUCACGUAUGACCAGCUCUUUCCCGUCUUCUUAAGCACUGCCCCUCCCAAGGAGCCCAUUCUCGAGCUUCCCUUUAAAUUUGUGAACGGAUUCGGCCUCGAAACAAAAGCGAUUGGCGUCAUCAUCUCUGUUCAGGGCUUCUAUUCUCUGCUGUCCAACUAUCUGAUUGUGACACCCAUGACCCGUCGACUGGGACCUCUCCGCCUGUUUCGCCUCAUUGCAUUUUCCUACUUUGCCCUCUAUCUCGUUACGCCUUACGUGGUACUCCUCCCCGAGAGCUUGAGGAUGCCCGCCAUUUACCUAUUGGUCAUCUGGAAAUGCACCUUUUCGACAAUGGCAUACCCUAGCAACGCAAUCCUCCUGGCCAACUCGGCCCCGACGAAGCAAGUUCUCGGCACCAUCAAUGGCGUCGCAGCGUCCACAGCUAGCUUGUGCAGAGCUCUUGGCCCUACUCUUUCUGGCUUCCUCUACGCCAUGGGCUUGCAAUCAGGCUAUUCGGGCCUCGCUUGGUGGUUCAGCGGUCUGGUCACCAUUGUUGGUGCUUAUCUUAGCUCCCAGAUCACCGAGGGAGCCCAAGCCCCAGUUUCUGGAGAAAUGACUGAUGCUGAUCAAUCCCUCAUGAACGAUUAUGAUGAUGAUGAAAACGUUUAA